GGGAGGGUCACGUGUGUACACAGAGGAGGACGAGAGCGGACCCAGCAGUAGUAAAGUCUCCCCCGGACGGCCCCCCUUUCACAACAGCCCGCUCCGUAAAGUUGAUAGGUGAAGCCUCUCCCUGCCGAAAUGGACUAAAAACCAGUUCCUUUGGCGAGUUUUGGGGAUUUACGUGCACUGAGACGGAGCCGCGGAGCGCGUUUGAACCCAUCUGCUGGUCGAAUGAGACGUCAGAGAAAUGUUGCUGCAUCCAGACCCGAUGCCUCCGUAGGUUUGUCACCGAGCCAGAAGUGAGCGUCUCUGUCUCCUCAUCUAGAGUGCCUGUGUGAGGUCCCAGACAUGUGGAUCUGCAUGCUUUACAAUGAGACGGACACCAGCGUGGACUUCCAGCUCUGCCAGGACUUCGGCCUCACCCUCUCGGUCUUCUCACUCAUCUACCUCCUCGUCUUCUUCCCGUUGGGACUGGGCUACAACCUGGUGAUCAUCGUGGUCAACCUCUCCAACAAGGCGUCCAUGACCAUGCCGGACGUCUAUUUUGUCAACAUGGCCAUCGCCGGUCUGGUGCUCAAUCUGGUGGCGCCGGUGGAGCUGCUGAGCUCCACUUACACCCGCUGGCACGCAUGGGAGUACAAGAACGAGGUCUUCAUCAGCCUGCUCAUUCUCUUCAACAUCUCGUCGCUGGUGAUCAUGUACUCCACCACUCUGCUCAGUCUGGACUACUACAUCGAGCGGGCGCUUCCUCGCACCUACAUGUCCAGUGUGUACAACACCAAGCAUGUAUGUGGGUUCAUAUGGGGCGGCGCGGUGCUCACCAGCUUCUCCUCCCUGCUCUUCUACGUGUGCCACCACAUCUCCACCAAGAUGGCGGAGUGCUCCAAAAUGCAGAACAAGGAAGCGGCGGACACCAUCAUGGUGCUCAUCGGCUUCGUGGUUCCUGCCGUGGCCGUGCUUUACGCUUUCGUCCUCAUAUUACGAAUAAGGAAGGAGUCGACGCCGCUGGAUCAGGACUCGGCCCGUUUGGACCCUUCGAUUCACAGGCUUCUGCUGGCCUCCGUCUGUGUACAGUUCGUACUGUGGACUCCGUACUACAUGAUCCUCCUGGUGCACACCAUUGCCGGAGCCCCCGGGUACAUCAACAACCCGUACUACUUGCCGACGUAUUACUUCCUGAGGUGUGUGUCCAAAAUGUUGGCGUUCUCCAGCAGUUUCGCAGUGCCACUCAUGUACAUUCGGAUUAGCAAAAACUUCCCAAAUAAUCUUCAGCGGCUGCUUGCGAGGCUGAACUGCUGAGACUCUGCACUUAGGAACACUCAACAAGUGGCGGCUUGAGAUCGCCCCCUGGGAGAGGGCUGACGCCACUCCCCUGUUUUGUUUUUUUUUUUCCACUUCCUGGCACUUGUCUCUCCCCUGCAGAGCCAGUAUCUUGACGGGGCUCCAUGCCGCCUCUGGACUGUGUUAAAAGCAGCAUGGCAGACUGUGGAAUUUCCUGUCACCUUCCAGAGCUUGAUCUGAUGCAUCUGCAGCCAGAGGACAAACCACUAAGUGCUUCUUGCUACGAGCCGCUCCACCAGCGUUGUACUUCUCUCCAGUGUGGUGUGUCACACUGAAGAAACCCGAUGCCAGUGCCGUGCAUGGGGUUUCUCAGACGAGUGAAUAAUCUGCUGACAAUGUGAUUUAUGUUCUCUCAAAUCUUAGCUUAAUUCAUGCUACUAAACAUGAUUAUCAAGCUGCAGCAGAAAAGUUAAUCGAAGCCGAAUCGAUUGGCUACUGCAGAGAUGUUUCGACACAGUUACAGGCAGUAAAAUCUCUUGUACUUGAAUCAGAAAAGAGCAGUUUUCCCAUCCUUAAAGCAGAUAAGCUACAGAUGAAAACACAGUCGACAGCCUUAUUUUCACCCAUACUUCAGAUGGAAGUCACGAUGGCACAGAUUCACUUUUCUAGAGCGCAUAUAGAGAUUAGGGUGAAGAAGAAAAUAAAUAAUAAUCACUAAUAAAAACAAUGAUAAAUGGAUGCCCUUUGUUUUUUUAUGAGUUCAAGCAAAAACAUGAACUGCUGAAUCACAGAUGAAUCUUAAAGGUCACUGUUUGUUGACAGUUCAGGAGUGUUGCUGCACUACAAUAUCCAAAGGGUCAACACGAGAGUGGUGCCACUUGAAAGUCACGGAAUAUUCGGGUGCAGAGAGCAGCUCACUGAUGUAUAUUUACGAUUUCAGUCACCUAAAAUGUGUGCACAUUUAUGGCAGAUUUCACCAGAAACACCUUUCAAAAGAUCUAGUUGUUUUGAUGGCACAAAUGGAAGAGUUGUUUUUGCUUUAACUCAUGACAAAUCCAAAGCUCUGUGUUGAGAUAUCAGUCGGGUAUAUGCUGUGGGCCUUUGCUCUCUAAGCAGCACUUUUUAAAGCUACUUCAGGGUCUAGAUGAAACCAGUAUACCUCAUUACCCACAAUCUAGUGCAUUUAGUGCAUUUAUUUGGCCUCCAUCACCUCAUUCCAGUAGGUUAAGCUUCCAUUUUGCAUGACGGAGAGGGUCGUUGUUUGAGAGUAUAGCUGCAUGGUACUGACGCCGCUCGACUUUUCACUCCUGUUUGUUUUCCGCGGUUGCCAUAGCGACGUCAUGUGAAGCGGCUUGCUGAAUUGGAAAACAGACAUUUCAAGGAUGAGGGUUCAUGCUUCAUGGUAUAUGACUCCGAUUUCUGAGGAGACUUUUCAUGGCUGUUUGGAUUUCACGUCGCCGUUGGCAAGUCAAAUAUCGAGAGUCGAGCCACUACUGUGCUCAAGGUUGGAGGUAUACUUGCUCGUAACAGUCAACCAGGUCACGCUUUCCGGGUGGUGUCUUUUUGUUUUGCAGUCUAAAAUGUUUUUUUUUCCCUCUGUAACAGAGCCAACUUUCACCAAAUUAUUUUCUUCAUCAUCCGUGGAGAUCAUUCUCUCAACACCGUCUUUAUAGGGUAACUAAUAGUAGCUUCAUUUGGACUCCCCUUUUCCAUGCCAAGUCUGAGUCGUGCAACCUGGCAAAGCAGAAUGUUAAAAAAAAAACUAUUCCAGGAGUCGUGCCCCCAUGUUGUCACACCACUAACUUUUUUUUUGGGGUCUCAAAUUCAGAAUGAGGGCCAAAACAGAGGUUUCGGGACCAAACAGGAUUAAGUGUAAAUCCAAUUUAAUAGCUGUUUAAGCUUCAACUGUUGCAGCGCAUUAUGGGACUUGUGUUUCCUGCAUCAAUACAAUGCUCUUAAUAUCACUCGAAUAUUUCACUUGCAGUGCGAGUAUUUCAUGUUAUUGGACAAUAUGAUUUAUGAUGUGACUUGUAGCCACGAAUUAUGUACAGUACAAUGCCAAGCUUUGUCAGCAGGAUCCGCUCGAAACCAUGCACAAAGGUCAAGAUACAGUGGAUUAUUUUGUUAUGAAGCAACUAUAUUUCCAGCCUCAGUCGGCCGCCGCAGCCAUGAACCCUGUUAAAAUGAGCGGAAACAACUGUUGUAAUGCUUUUCGGAUGCAUUAAAUCGAUCUA